AAACAUGGUGUUAUUUUCUCCAUCAAAUAUCCACCUCUAUUUAUUCCAGUAGUAUUUUUAUUAUUUUUGACAAAGUCUAUAGUGUGAUUGUACACUCCGAAUCACACCCCACAAAUUUGAUCACUCUUUUCUCUUUCUUUGUCUCUCUUUUUUUUUCACUUACACAUACCCAAAAUUUCAUCGAUUUCACAACAACUUUUCAUUAUUCCUUCUUCACAACCAAACCCUAACCAUGACGAUCAACAAACUCCUCACCCUAGUCCGCCGCUCCACCCAGCGGCGGACUCCCAUCCUCUCCACAAUCCGAUCCCCAUCCUUUUCCACCUCCGCCGCCGCACCAGUAACCCGAUCUCCACCUUCCUCACCACCUUCCCCACCACCUCCCAACGUCAUGAUGUACGAUCGUUUAGCUGAAUCCGUUAAAGCUAAACUCCAACGAUUAGAAAAUCCAGAUCCACGUUUUCUCAAAUACGGUUCACCGAAACCCGAAAUCCGUGACCAUACACAAAUCCUCUCCGCUCCUGAAACGCGUGUAACUACUCUCCCUAAUGGACUCCGUGUUGCCACGGAAUCUAGUCUCGGUUCCAGAACGGCGACGGUUGGUGUUUGGAUCGAUGCUGGAUCGAGAUUUGAGACGGAAGAGACUAAUGGAACGGCUCAUUUUUUGGAGCAUAUGAUUUUUAAGGGAACUGAUCGACGUACCGCGAGAGAACUCGAAGAGCAGAUUGAGAAUAUGGGUGGACAUCUUAAUGCUUAUACUUCGAGGGAGCAGACUACUUAUUAUGCUAAAGUUUCGCAGAAUGAUGUACCUAAAGCACUUGAUAUUCUGGCUGAUAUUCUUCAGAAUUCGAAAUUUGAUGAGAAUCGGAUUAGUCGCGAACGUGAUGUUAUUCUUAGGGAAAUGGAAGAGGUUGAGGGUCAAACCGAGGAAGUGAUCUUCGACCACCUACACGCAACUGCUUUCCAGUACACUCCCCUUGGCAGAACCAUUUUGGGACCUGCUCAGAACAUCAAGACAAUCACCAAAGCUCAUUUGCAGGACUACAUUCAGACGCAUUACACUGCUCCCAGGAUGGUGAUUGCUGCAUCUGGAGCUGUAAAGCAUGAAGCUUUUGUUGAGGAAGUGAAAAAAUUGUUUACUAAGUUGUCAACUAAUCCCUCCACAGCAUCUCAGUUGGUCGAAAAAGAACCAGCAGUUUUCACUGGUUCUGAGGUUCGAAUUCUUGAUGAUGAUAUUCCCCUUGCACAAUUUGCAGUAGCUUUUGAAGGUGCUUCUUGGAAGGAUCCAGAUUCAAUUGCUCUGAUGGUUAUGCAAGCAAUGCUGGGUUCAUGGAACAAGACAGCUGGAGGUGGAAAACACAUGGGUUCUGACCUAGCACAACGAGUUGGCAUCAAUGAAGUGGCAGAAAGUAUGAUGGCUUUCAACACCAAUUACAAGGACACAGGUCUUUUUGGUGUUUAUGCUGUUGCUAAGCCGGAUUGCUUAGAUGAUUUAUCCUAUGCAAUAAUGUAUGAGACAACCAAGUUGGCUUAUCAGGUUUCAGAGGAUGAUGUUACACGUGCUCGUAAUCAGUUAAAAUCUUCGCUUCUGCUUCACAUUGACGGAACCAGCCCUGUAGCUGAAGAUAUUGGACGUCAGCUACUCACAUAUGGUCGAAGAAUCCCAUUUGCUGAAUUGUUUGCAAGAAUUGACGCUGUUGAUGCCAGUACAAUUAAACGUGUUGCUAACCGAUUUAUUUAUGACAAGGAUGUUGCUAUUGCUGCCAUGGGACCUAUUCAACAUUUACGUGAUUACAACUGGUUCAGACGCAGAACCUACUGGAACCGUUAUUAGUUCAUCUUAGUUUUCUGCUUAAUUUAAACUUUAUGGAAGGUCUGGCAUAAUGUUUUGUCCAAAAUUUACUCCCUAUAUUGCCUCUGGAUGGCUGCUUAGGCCGUCAAAUUUUCAUUUAUUUGUUAUAGGCCUCUGUUUUUGUAAUAUUUAUGCAAUAAUAAAUAUGCUGUCAUCAAUGGUGUAAAUGGCAUCAUUUCAUACUGCCAUAAUUCUUGUUUGAGAAUGUAUUGCAUUGCCUUAAA